UCUCCUCAUCCUCCUCACUUUCAAACUAUAUGUUGCCGGUCAUCAACAGUGCAACACUCAUAAACGAGCUGGAAGUCAUCAGUUGCUAUAAGUAAAAGCUCUCUGCCUGAACUUACAAAUAUAGAUUACCCUUUUAAAAUCCAGAGUUCCUUCAUUUAAGUAUCAUGACUGGAACAGCAGUGGUUCUGAUGAGCCUGGUCCUCAUCCUCUCUGUGGGUGCAGAGGAUAAAUCAAGACUCUACCGCAGGCCUGCAUGUGGAGGUUUGAGCGUCAAUCAAGCAUGCCCUCUCAACUACUCUCCCGUAUGUGGUAAUGAUGGCAUCACAUACGUCAAUGAAUGCACCCUGUGUGUGCAGAGAAUGCACACUAAUGCAGACAUUUUGGUUGUGAGAGACGGCCGCUGCUGAGGUGGAGGACCUUAUGAUAUCUCACUUGGCUUUUCAUAUCUAUGUUUGUUUAAGAGUGUUGUUUGCUAUGCUCAUCCAGAGGAUGUGAUCAGUAUACCUAUAAACAGUAGAUGUGUGAACACCUACCACAUGUUAAAAUGAAAAAUAUUAGUACUAAAAGCAAGUAGGCUAAUGUGUCAGUUUUAUCAUAUCUGGGUGACUUUGAGUGAAUAGUGCUUUGAUUUUCUACUAAGUCAGUUGGUUUCAUGAUACUGUCCUGUCUUUCUUUAACAUAUUUCUUUCUAUAAUAUACAUUUCUUCCUUUAUUUCUGUAGGAACUGCUCUGAGUGCAAUGUUUUAGGAGUGAAGUUUUGGAGUUACAGCUUAUUUUUCUAAAUAUGUUUU